AUGGCGGCAGUGGUGGACAAGUGGGAUGUGAAGCAGAUGGAGCCCAGAGAAGGCUCUCUUCGUGAUCAUCCAGGUGCUGAAGGUGGUGACUACAUCUUCCUCAUCUCCCUCAGCAUGAUGGGCGACGCGAUUACCGUCAUCGGUGGCCCCACCGCCGGCGCGGUCUUCCGGAACAACGCCAUCUUCGACAACCCGUUCGCGGGUUGCUCCCUCGGGAUCCUGGCGACAGUGCUGGUGCAGUCAUCGUCGACCAGCACCUCCAUCAUCAUCACGAUGACUGCGGCAGGCCUGAUCGAUCCCAAGAACGCCGUUUACAUGAUCAUGGGGGCGGACAUCGGCACAUCCGUCACCAACACAAUCGUCAGCAUGUCCCACAUGGGCGACGUGAACCAGUACCGCCGGGCGUUCGCGGGCGCAACGGUGCACGAUUGCUUCAAUCUGCUGACAGUGUCCAUCUUGCUCCCGCUCGAGUACUUCACCCACAUGCUCUAUCACAUCGGCAGCGCCCUUGUCGAGUCCGGAUUCAAGCACGUUCUAUGUUCUCGGUCGUACCCGCUGAGAAAGCGCUUGCGGCUGUUCGACAGCGUCGUGGGCCCGGUCGCGUUGUAUGCGUGUGAAUGCUGGACGCUGGAUGCUACGUCCAGAAACAGACUCAGAGUCGAGUGGAGAAAGAUGCUCCGGAGCAUGUUUCGCACAGCCAGGGCCGCGGACGAAACGUACUUGGAGAACAUCAAGCGCUCGACCAUGAGGAUAGAGGAGUAUUGUUCCAAUUUUCGCAUCAGAAACUGGGUGUCCAUCCAACGCGCUCGCAAAUGCGCGUUCGCAGCCCGCGUCUUCUUCGACGCUGGGAACAAGGGGCCGCUCCGGCUACCGGAGCCGGCGCGCAGACUUCCUGUCCUUGUCGAGUCCGCCGGCAUCGAGGAGGACCAGGAGGCGAAGGAGAAAGUCGACUUCAUCAAGGUGCUCACGAAGCCGGUCACCUCUCGCCUGAUCUCUGUAAACAAGAAGUUGGUGACCAAGGUCGCACAGGCGUGCGACCAGGACACGCUGGGCGACCUGCUGGCACAGUCGAUCAUCCAGAACAAGCGCACCCAGGACAACCAUAUGUUCCUGGACACGCCCCUGAGUGACGAGGGGGCUGGGUGGCUGCUGCUGGUCAUCUCCCUGGUGAUGCUGUCCACCGCGCUUAUCCUCCUGGUCAAGCUGCUGCGGGCGAUCUUUCGGGGCCGCGCCGCGAUUUGGAUGCAGGGGCUGCUGAAUCUGGAGUUCAAGACGGUGCCCUUUGUGGCCGACUACAUCCUUAUCCUCUUCGGUGUGGGCAUCACUAUCCUCACGCAGAGCAGCAGCAUCACCGCCUCGACGCUGACGCCGCUCGUCGGAAUCGGCCUGAUCAAGCUUGACAAGAUGUCCCCGUUCACCGUCGGCGAGAACGUGGGCGCCACCGUCACGGGCAUGCUGUCAGCGCUGGCGGGCUCGAACGUCGCGACCGGCAUGACGGUGGCGUUUUCGCGCCUGUUCUUCAACCUCAUCGGCGCUUUGAUCUGGUUCCCGAUUCCUGCCAUGCGCGCCGUGCCGCUCACCAUGGCCAGGGCGCUGGGUAGCAUGGCCGCGGACGUGCGCUGGUUCCCCCUCGCCUACAUCAUCGCCGUCUUCGCGGUCAUUCCGGGCCUGCUCCUGGGGCUGUCCCUGAUGCAUUGGGCGGCACUCGUGCUCGUGGGCCUUCCGCUCCUGCUCCUGCUGAUCGCUGGCUCCUGCGUCUUCGGCAUGCGCGCCUGCCGCCCGGAGCGGCUGCCCGCGGUGCUCAAGAAGGACUUCUCAUUCAUGCCGCCCAGCAUGAAGAUGGCCUCCGCGGACGGCGAGGCUCGGUCCGCCGCGGUGGAGGAGUCGAAGAUCGGCAGCACCGACAUCGGCGGCGCGAGGCAGUGGUGGCUGGCGCCCUGUGCCUACGGGCUCGGCUGGUACUCGAUCAUGGUGCUGCUGAUGGCGGUGCCGAACGCCAAGUGGUGCGACAUGAAGUACGCGUCCUUCGACGCCCGAGACCACGUCGGCAUCGGCGCCUGGAGCGCGUGCUCCGCCAUGUUUGCGGAGGAGGUGGGCUGGGCCCCGAGCCCCCUCACGGGCGCGGACCUCGAUGCGCACCUCGCGACGUGCAUGGAUGGCCUCAGCUCCGCCUGCGCCGACCAGAGCGGCUUCUCCACCGUCCUGGGCGCCGACGCCGUCCUUCGAGGAGUCGUGGCAGGGGUGCUCGAGCGCCACGACGGCGGACUGGCUGAGCCAGUGCGAGGCGCUGACUGGGUGCGGCGACCUGCAUGCGACGCAUGCGCCAACGUGUCCGCCGCGGUCUCCCGACCGUGCACCAUCGACUACAGCCAGUCGGGCACCGAGUGGGCCGCGGCCCCGGCGUCGUCCUGCAGCGCGGACGCCUUGCCGAAGGGGGACAAGCGUGACAUGCGCAAGGUGCUCUGGGGCACCGUUGCCGCCUUCGGCGUGGCCUGGGUCUUCCUGCUCGCCGCGUGGGCCAGCGGCCUGAGCGCGCUGGGGCAGGAGACGACGUGCUGGGUCCAGGACGACCAGAACGACGGCAUCGUGGCGGCCAAGGGCAAGCUCGGGGACAUCGCGAACGGCGCCGGCUACGGGCUCGGCUACGUCAUCGGGGGCUGGGCCCUGCUCAACCCGAUCCUCGCAGUCACGGCGCUCCGCGUCGUGGCCGACGUGAAUGCGGGCCCUCCGAAGAAGGAGGAGGCCAGCGAGGACGGUGCGGCCGAAGCGGCUUUUCGCGACAAGUGCGACGUCGCCUACGUGGCUGAUCGUGCCGAAGCAUGCUGCCAGUAA